AUGGACACUCCGCGUUCGCGCAGGCCGUCGCGAGUAGGAACACCAAUUACAGGCCCUUCGCCGUCACGGCUCGCCCCUCCAGUCAUCCGACCAGCACCUUCGGUGUCCCCGUAUAGAGUCUACAGUCGUGGUUCAUCUGCAUUGCAGACCCCAGUCUCUGCUUCUCCACCCGACGAUGCUGUGUCGCAUGGGGUACACGAGGCUGUCUCUAGCUCUUCCUCUUCCUGCCUGACUGUUGACAUGAGCGAGGGAAUCCUCGUUCAGGAAUCUGAGGUUGAGGCGGAGACGGCUGAUGCGGAGCGGGUGGAUGCGACUGGUCAUGUCGAGUCUCGCGCGGGAGACGAAGAAUCGAAGAAGAAUUUACGGGAAACGUUGAGGCAGACAUUGAACAAGAAAGAAUCUCGCAGUGACCUGUCGUCACGACCGCCAAGACGGAAGGGGAAGGCCGUCGACAUAUCGGAGGUACCUCUUACAGUGGACAUUUAUCCUCCACGGCAGUAUUUUGUUCUGACCGAUGCUGGCAAACCCGUCUUCAUCAGCCGGAGAGAAGACGACGAUUCUGAAAGCUUCACAUCUACCAUCGGAAUUAUGCAAGCACUCGUGUCUGUCUUCCUUGAUGACGGCGACAAGAUACGCUGCAUUAAUGCUGGAAAUACACGCAUAACGUUCCUGCUCCGUCCGCCGCUAUACUACGUCUGUGUGUCUUCCUGGGGAGAGCCUGAAUCUGUGACACGUUUCCAUUUAGAAUAUCUGCACCUGCAAAUUCUGAGCGUCAUAUCGGCAGAGCAAUUGCGGCGGAUGUUUGAACGUCGGACAAAUUUUGACUUGCGGCGCCUCCUAAGCGGUGCGGAGCCACUUCUUUUCUCGCUUUUGGCAAGAAUGGAGUGGGACCUCGCAAUGAGCACGUCCUCCUUGCACUCGCUCAGGCUUGAUCCUGCCUUACGGAAGAGCAUAGCUGAUGUCUUAGUGCCUACAUCGAAGAUCAAAGACAUGCUAUACGUCAUCCUGGUCGCCCAAGAGCGAGUCAUCACACUUGUCAGGCCCAAGAAACACUCCAUUCAUCCCGCUGACCUUCACAUACUCAUUAAUACGAUACAUUCACCAUCGAUCCUCAAUUCAUCAGCCUCCGCUUCCUGGCUACCAGUGUGCCUCCCGAAGUUUAAUCCUGCUGCGUUCGUAAACGCAUACGUGACAUUUCUCCGGAGAGAGAACGAAGUCAGCACUCCGAAAGCCCCAGAGGGCUCUGAAAACGGCACACCGACGGAAGGGGGCCACCGGGCUGGCAGUGCCAGUAGUAGCAUUACAGACAUACCAUCACCAGAGGAGCCCGUCCCACAUAUAGGCCUGGUUUGUGUGUCUGGAGGCGCGGAUUUCGAGGUCGUGCGACAUUGGUGCGACACCGUCACCCAACGAAUGGAGCGAGAGAAGCUCUUGUCGACCCUCACUGAGGCCAUCAACUCUGGUGAAACCGAUUACUCCGUAGCAGACUUGGGCAUACCGGGCUUGCGCCACUUCGUCUACAAGUCGAGAUCCCAUGUGCAGGUGACGAUGUCACAAUUUGACGAUCCUUAUGAUGAUGCGAACGAGAAGCGACGACUCAUAACUCUGUAUCAAACACUGUACGACGCGAUCCACGCCAAGUCGGGCCAAGAAAGCACGCUGAAAUUGCAGUAUCUACGCACUGAGAGGGAAAGUGUGAUGGGCUGGAUAACACAGCCCUUCGAGCUCUACCUGGCUUUGUCUCCCCGCCUGCCGAAAAGCGCCGCGGUGGGCGCUGCUAAUGCCGUCGCACGGUGGGUCGCGAAAGAGGAGAAACGACUGUUUUUGAGGGACGCACCUGUUUUCUGA